GUGGCUGUUGCUGUGGGAAACAGGCGGGAGGGCGGGACGGGGAACCGGGACAGGCUCCGGUACUGGCGGUGCCGCUCCCGCGCUCCCCGCGCCCCGGCCCGGCUCCUCGGAGCGCUCGCUGGCUGUGUUCUUUAGCUGUAUUUUGGAUGGGAUUUUCUUUUACUUCAUUGCCAUCUAUAGAAACUGGUGAAUAUUUUAGUGCUAAGGCCCCAUAUGUCACCAGAUGUCCUUCUUCCUGACUGAGAUGUUUCUGUGGUCUUUGAAGACCAACUUACGUAUUAGAGAUGAAGACAUUGGGAUCCACCAGUACUCUGAGAAGAAAGAACCAGCAUCACAGAUGAAGCACAGUUACUUAGAAGAGAAGCAAAAGCUAGCAGAAUCCCGAGAUUAUCCUUGGAUCCUGAAAAGCAAGAGAGCAGACAAACUGCGAGAUGCACUCAAGGAGGUGGAGGACUUAAUGCAAAACACUCCAUGUGUGCUGAGCAAAUGGAAGAACAAACAUACCUGUCAGCUCCUCUUUCACUCAGGUGUCUUGGUGUCCCUAAGCCUUUCUGGGCCACAGCUGGAGAAAGUGGUGAUUGACAGGACCCUGGUGGGGAAGCUCGUCUCCGACACCAUCAGUGAUGCUGUUCUUACAGACAAUUUCAUCAUUUUGUCAUUUGAGGAUCAUAGCCAACUCUGCUUAAUUCAGUUUACAAAGAAGAUGGAUUCUCCUGAUGUAAACAAAAGACUGGAAAAACUCUCUUGUUUGGACUUUAAGAUUUCUUAUAUUGAUAUACUUGGACCAGAAGGUAGAAGGAUGAAACGUCACCUGGCAAUAAACUCUAUGCAAGAUAUGGUCAUUUGCUGGUGGUCAGCAACUAGUGAUGGAGCAUGGCCUUGGUCUCCUAUUUCCUGUGAGAGGGACAGAGCCAACCUAUUGCUAUUAGGCUGUGCACAUGGCAAAUUGGAGGUUCUGAGUUUUGUCCGUACGGAAUGGGAUCCCCUCCAUGCCAGCUUCAGCACUCACCAGCCUUACCAGGUGCACACAGUGGAGCACUCGGUGUCAGCAGCCAAGGAGCCCAUGGCCGACAGCUGCGUCUACAAGUGCCUCAGGAACAAAAUCCAGUGUGCAGCCAUCACCAGGAUACCGCUGCGAUCCAGGGCCAUCAGCUGCUGCAGGGAUGUUACAGAAGACAAACUAGUCCUGGGCUGUGAAGACUCGUCAAUAAUUCUGUAUGAAGCCUACAACCAAGUAACUCUGUUAGCCCAGGCAGAACUGCUGCCUGCUGUGAUGACCUACCACCCCGCCGGGGCCGUAUUCGUGGUCGGCAGCUCUCAAGGGGAGCUGCAGCUUUUUGACACAGCACUGUCCCCCGUUAAAAUUCAGCUCUUGGCACAAGACUAUUCACCUGAGGCAACUUUGCAAUGCAGUAAACACUUUGAGGUGCCUAGCAGCCUCAUCCAGAUCCAGUGGGCUGCCCCUCCAGUUGCGUGUGUCAGCCCUGACAGCACUGAUAUUCAUGAUCUUUUGUUGGUUAGAUUUGACAAAGGACCCUUGGGAGUACUUCACUUUAAACUUGGUGUGAUCACAAGAGGACAACUGGGCCUUGUGGAAAUUAUCCACCAGUACAUUCGUUAUGAUGAGAUACAUGAGGCAAUUAAUGUCCUGAACACCAUGAACUGGAACACAAUGGGUCAUCAGUGCUAUAUCUGCUUGAGUGCCAUUUGCAACCACCUUCUUAAACAAAAGCUUACACCAGAUAGGGAAGCACAGCUUGAGGCAAGCCUUGGAACCUUUUAUGCACCAACAAGACCCCUCUUGGAUACAACUGUGCUGGAGUACAGGGACCCAAUCAGCAGAUACGCAAGAAGGUUCUUCCACCACCUGCUCAGGUAUCAAAGGUUUGAAAAAGCGUUUCUGCUUGCUGUUGACAUAGGGGCUCGGGACCUGUUUAUGGACAUCCAUUACCUUGCACUAGAUAAGGGUGAAUUGGCACUAGCUGAAGUGGCAAAGAGAAAGGCUAAUGACAUUGAUACAGAAUCAAUAACUACUGGAAUUGCAGAACUUCUGGGGCAGUCAGAUGAAGAAGACCCAUCUUGUGAAGCUUUUGAUCAAUCUUCAGAGCCAGGAGGAGGGUCCAAGCCACCUGCUCCAGGCCCUGCCACCAGACCACCAGCACAGAGCUGUUCCCACAGACCCACAAGUUGCAGACAGGCAGAGGACACUGAGCCUGGAGCGGGUGGCCACACCACCUCCCUGAUCACAAAACCCUUUCCCAGCAGCCAGGAAGGAAAUAUGAGAGCCAUUCCUUCGGAGCAGGAGACUAGAGACAGCGGGUCUCUCCAAAUUGUGCACUUUGGUCUGGUGUGAUUGAGCUCCCACAGCAAAGAAGAGGAAACCUCACCGAGGUGGUGAAGUUCACGGGAAGCCCUUCAGCAAACUUCCAGCCAGCCCUGGAUCUGACCCCUAGCAGAUGACAAGACAACAGGCUUAGAAAAUAUCCUGCCCUUAGACUUCCAAAUUAUUUCUAAGUUCACAUGAAUGUGUCCACGCACAAAGUGCCUUAUGUGUGCUUGUGGAGGGCAACUUGGUGACGUUUUCAUCAUGUCAUUUAAAGACAUCAAAAAAGGGAGUAAUUGCAGAUACCCAUUUACUGUACAAACUCAAUGCUGAAAAAUUUUUGGGGGCCUUUCUUGGAUGAAUCCAUAAGCUUUUCAGGAGGAAGUCUGUAAUUCUCUAUGCAUUAUAUGUUUUUACAAUCUUCACUUGGAAGCAGAUUUGAAUUUCCACUUAAGGCUCUGAAAACCGUCCUAUUGAGAUACCAGCAGAUAAGAUCUUCACUCAGGAUACCUCUGUGAAAGAGCAGCCUUUCACAGUUGGCAGUAUUUUUCAAAGAAUGCUCUCCAUUUUCAUAUCUAGAUAUAUCAUCUUAGUUGAAUAACCAUUAUUUUGCCUUGAAAAAAAGAUGCGGAGCCUCUUAAACAUCAUUCCAUUGGAGUCCAGAUUUUAAUCUGCCUCCUCUAACCACAAAGAAAAAAUGCACUGAGAAGGUAACGUAACCUGUUCCAGCCCUCUAUUUUUUCCUGGCAGUGAAGAGAGGGACGAGCAUCAUCGUGGGUCUGUCUUCCCACCAUUUGAUCAAGCGCAGAGUAUACGGACACAGAUUUUUUGUGCUCAGCCAUAGGCACGUGUGGAUUAAGACUGAGCUUUUUGGGGAGCAUUGGGUGGUUGCAACCUAGAGCCAGUGAGCUUCUUCAAAUUGGUUUUAUAUGGUGAGCAAAUCUGUAUGAUGGACUGAAAAUAAAAGUAAAAUGUGAAAAAAAAAAAGAAAUCCACAAGCCA